AUGCCGGGUCUGUUUGUAACCAUGGUAUGGCUGCCGCUGAAGCGGAAGAGCGAAAAAAUGUCAAUGUUGAUGUAUAAAAGCCAUCCGAAGCCUCAAAAUGUGCUCAAACGAGCUCAAGAGCUGUUUGCAAUCGAGAACUAUGAGGAAGCACUAGAGCUGCUUCAAGAAAUUGUGAAAGGCAAGAGAACUUCUCGAGUAUGGCAAAAAGAUAUCCAUGAGCCCAUUAUGCAGCUAUAUCUGCACGCCUGUGUACGCCUCAAGAAGUCGCAGCUUGCCAAAGAGGGGCUCUAUCAGUACAAGGCGCUUUGUCAAAGUGUCAAUAUCAAGUCGCUGGAAGAUGUCGUCAGAGAGUAUCUACGGCUCGCUAAAAAAUUCACCCUGGAAGCAAAAGAGAAAUCUCAGCAGUCUGUGCUGGACAUAGAUGAUCUGGAUAGCAUCAAUUCUCCUGAAUCCGUCUUGAUGAGCGCUGUUUCGAGCGAAGAUACACAAGACAGAACUAAUCGGACUUUCCUGAUGCCCUGGCUGAGGUUCCUCUGGGAGUCUUACCGGCAUUGCAUGGAAGUGUUCAAGAACCAUAACAAACUGGAGCGAUUGUACCACGACAUCGCAAGGGAAGCAUUUCAGUUCUGCCAGGAGUAUGAUAGAAAGACAGAGUUCAGAAGGCUCUGCGAUAAUCUGCGAUACCACCUGGCGCAGGUGCAGAAGUACCAAGGAGUGGCCGUGACGAUAGACCUGACAAGUGAGGAGACCUUGGACUAUCACACGAAGACCCGUCUGCUCCAACUGGACACUGCAAUUGCUAUGGAUCUAUGGCUGGAAGCGUUCAAGGCGAUAGAUGACUUCCACUCUCUGUUGAGUUAUUACAAGAAGCCACCCAGGCCCCAGACGAUAGUGGACUACUACCACAAGUUCGCUCUGGUCUGUUUCCAGAGUCAGAACAUGCUCUACCAUGCAGCCGCCCUGCUGAGAGUGUACACGAUCACGAGAGACUACAAGAAGAGCUUCUCACAGGACGAACUGGCCAACCUGUCGAAUGUGGUGUUGCUGGCGGUGCUCACCAUCCCCAUCCAGUCGCAGGAGGGCUGGCUCACAAAGUAUCUGGACAUGAUGAGCAUGCACACUGAGAACCAGCGCAGACUGUGUGCUGUGUUGAGCAUCCCCGCCCCACCCACCAGACAACAGCUCCUCAUGGACAUGGAGAAGUUUGGGGUGGUGCAGCAUGCGUCCAAGUGUGUGGUGGAUCUGUACCGCAGUCUGCAGCUGUCAUUUGCCCCCCUCCACAUCCACGACACUGUGCUGAAAAGUGUGGAAGAGGUGAAGCAACAGCUGCAGGGGAGUGAGGGUGAGACGACCACUGAGUUGACCAAGUACAUCCCCCUCAUCCAGCCUGUCAUGGUGGUGACUGUCCUAAAACAGAUCUCGGAGAUCUACAAGUUGAUGAAGCUGGAGCGACUGCAGCAGAUUCUGCACUCAAUCGAUGCCGGUGAGCUGCAGAAGUUGUGUCUGGGAGCAGCCAGGAGUGGCCAGGUGCAGCUGAGCAUAGACGAGAGAGCCAAGUGUGUCGUUUUUGGAGGGGCACUCAAGAUGGGGGCAGGGGGAGGGCCAGGUAUCCACAUAUACACUUACACAUAUACACUCACUCGCACAUAG